AUGCCUGAUAUUUCGCCGGCCAAAUACAAUCCAAGAGAUCGAAUCAAGCGACACUUGAAAAGGAAAUCGAGCAGCCGAUGUCUAGCACCGGCUCUUAACUCAUGUACACCGCAAAUCAAGACGUUUGAUGGCCUUGACACGGAGAGCUGUCCGAUUCCAACGUCAUCAGCGGCUUCCAAUCCUUUUAAGAUUGGAAGUCCUUUAAAGAAGCGAAAACCAACAGCACAUGUGAAUUUUGCGGAUAGUGUGUUCGAUUUGGAAGAAAAUGCUCAAGAUUCCUUCACAAAGUAUUCGCCGUUGAAGCAAAAUCGGACGCCGACGAAGUCACCACGAAAAUCGCCUCGUAAAAAGGUGGCAACGGCUAGGAGAAUCGAACGGUUUCGCAGUUUCGAUCCGAGCAAUCUUCUAAAAGAGUGCUAUGCCACGGAUUUCUCGCAACUUCUCGAAGUGUCUGGAAAAGCGGCGGAGAAGAAGGAAGACGAGCUGGAAGUCGGUGAAACGAUCCCAUUGGAUUUGCGGAUUGGCACCAAGGUGCGAAUGACUUCUGAAAUUCCGUUUCCGUGGAUGAAUGGUAGAAAAACGACGGGUAUUGUAACCGUCCGAUUACCGGGAAGCGAUCGAUAUGACGGCUUGAGGUACUUCAAUCAAUUAUUCAUGUCAGGAAGGGAACAAACAAUUCCAACACCUUGUUCGAAUCUAUCUUUACUAGAAGCUGCCACACUUUACUGGCAGUUCCCAGUGAUUCCUGGAAUGUCGAUGUAUCCAAGGAUCUCCUCCCAACUGGGAACUGUUCAGAGGGUGCCGAUGCCUCCGUUGGUCACCACCACCAUGCUCAAUCAAUGGGUCGAAGCUUAUGAGCAAUUAUUUCACUCGUACAAAAAAGGCGAGAGGGAGUCGUUCUAUGUUGCGUGCUCGGUGUUCAAUGUGUUGUUCACGAAGACGUCGGAGAGCGAUGAAAUCGAGUGCAAUGAGGAUUCGCAAUCAUGCUUUCGGACGUCGUCAGGCCAGAAGAUGAUUGCCAUCGUGACGCACACGACGUCGGCGUCGCGUGAGAAUCUCAGAAGUCAGGGUGUCGAGUAUGAGGUGCUGAAUGAACGGACGAUGAGGCGCCUGAGCAGUUUGCUCAAUCUCACUGAAACGAGCUGCACGAGUUUUUGCGAUUCCACUGAGAACUCGAUGCUCUCAAUUUCGACGAUCGCGAAUCCGGAAGACGGCGAGAAUCAGCCGGAUAACGGCGACAGCGAUGAGAAUGAGAGUCCGACGAAGAAAAACGCGCAAUGGCUCAAAGAUGUUGGUGUCUCGCCGCGAAAUGUCAUCAAACAUCAUUCAAGAAAACUCUCCGCUCGAUUAUCCGGAAAAGACGACGGAAUUUCGGCACUUCUCGUCAAAGGUGCCUCGGUCCAAUCCCUGUAUAAUAUGUUGAUGUCGUCGGAUAGUGUUCACGAGAAGACGGGUCCCUACACGAAAAUCCCGCCGACCCUUCUCGCGAGCUCCGCGUUCCUCUACGGCCAACUGCUUUCAUUAAAUAAAACUAGUCAUAUUGUGCAAAAAGGCGGCGGAAAAACGUCGGAAUACGUGCUCGAAUUGGAUCGAGGCCCGAUUUUGCCGCACACGCCAAAAAUGCUUUUCGAGAUGGUGAGAAGCUCGAAUCUCUGCGCUGACGGCAAAUGCGUUCAUUUGCGGGUUGCCGAUCGACACGCGAACAAUGGGAUGAACAUUUGGACGGAUCGAGCCAAAGAUUGGAAUAUGAUUGAAAUUUAUUCGAGUUCUGUGAAAUGGUCGAAAAAUAUGUAG